UUUCGCGGUCCACCAUCCGCAUUCAUGGGUCCGCCUACGCCAGAGAUUGACGCUGAGUGGUAUCACCUGGCAAAAAUUUUCAAUUUUGGGGUCGAUUAUCCAGUCCUAAAAGCACUAAAUCGCACACAAGGGGCAAUUAAGUAUCCUGGUACAGGAGUCUACCAGGCUGGAAUGGAGGUGUUCCAUCAGCUUCAUUGCCUUAAUUACAUUCGCAUGUACACCUAUCAAGAUCACUAUGGAAAUACGGACUACGACAUGAUAGGAGAGACCCCGGAAGAGCGACAGCGACAUAAAGAUCAUUGCAUUGAAAACAUUCGUCAGCGUUUGAUGUGUGCUCCUGAUCUUAAUGUGUAUACCUACCACUGGCUCCCGGAGAGUACUCUUCCACAUGGACAUCUGUUUACCCGUCACCAGUGUGUUGAAUGGGACAGUUUCUAUGCCUGGGCAGAAAACAGCGCUAUAAAUUCACCACCCCUCUCCAAGCCCAAUGAUGCUGAGACAUUG